AACACUGCUUUAGCUAGUGUAUAAAAUGAUCGCAUUUCCAAGAGCGAUUAUUGGUUGCCAAAAUGAGUUGUUUAUGUCCACUAAAAUUACAACGCAGUAGAUUAUUUAGAAGUAAUAGACCUCGAAUUGGGCAGGAAUCAAUUGAUGACGACAGCACAGAUAACAUUUGUCUUGUGAGAGUUUCGACAAUAGUGGGUUUCCUUUUCCUUGUAAGCGGCCUAAUCAUGGUGGUAUCUUCAUACAUUAAAAAUAGCAGUUAUGAUAUGGAAAUUGCUCUGGCCUUCAUUGUCGGCACCUGCCUUGUUUUCUCAAUUGUCUUAGGCUAUAUUUUCCGUUUUUGGUGGAAAAUGAGAACUCGAAGGAAAGAAGCUCCUGAUGAAGAAUUCGACACGGUUGGUGAUUAUUUUAGGGACAUCUUUUGCCUUCCACCAAAUUUUCGAGGAGAGCGGACGGAGCCAGAAGGCAGCUCUGAAGAAGUUGCCCCAGAUAUAGUGACUUCCUGUUGAAGAUAGUUUUUAAUACUUUUAAGCUUUGUUUUAUCUGACUGAUAAAUUAUUCAGACUUGCAAUGUUUUUUAAACUGAGAAUAAAGA